CUUCGGCGGAAGAACAAGGAGGGGAGAAAGGGACCGGAGAGAUGGGAGAUGCUGGCGGAGAUGGCGUCCACAAUGAUGCUGAAACGACGAGGCAGAGCUCCGCGAUGGAUGGUGAAGAUCUGGUGACUCACAGGUCACGUGAAGCUCAGUGAUGAGUGCGCCGUCGAGCACGACUGCCCCGUCGCUUCAGAGCCUGUUGGAGAGUCAGAAGGAGUGGGCCCGCGCCAUAGUGUUCGACGGCAAAGGCCACAUCAUCGCCCGGACCAGCAGUGCAGCCGCCGUGCAGGAGUCGGAGAUUCGGUCCUACCUGACCGCCCUGGACGACCGCGACACCACCAUUGGGUCGGGCUUCGUGCUGGAGGGAGAGCGGUUCGAAGUACACCGCUUCCACCCGCCGCUCGUCUAUGGUCGGCGGGGCGGCCCCGAGUACGGUGAGGGCAUCGCACUGGCCAAGGGGACGGGCCGCAGUGGGGAGGUGCUCUUCUGUCUGAUCACCUACACGCUGCCGGUGCUGUCUGCUCGUGCGGUGCCUCAGCUGGUAAAGUUCUUCAGGACCCAUCUAGGUGACCUGCCGCAGUGGGAGGUGUCUGCCGUGGCGGGCCUGUCAGCCACCGAGGGAAAUGGGGGAUGACGGCGGGGAGAGAGAGGGAGGGAGGGAGGAGGGGGGAGAGGGAGGGAGGAGGUGGAGAGAUAUAUGCGCUGUUGACCAUUUGACCGUGAUGUAUUGUGAUGAGGGAGGGGUACAUGGCGGAUGACAGCACUGGAGAGUGAAUGAAUGAAUGUUCAUUGGAUUGUCAGACGAUGGCUGGCUGCAUCGAUGUUUUCAGGAGAGGCAGCGAGUGGCGAAGCAGAUCAAGGUGAGUGAGUGGGGGCCAACAUAGGGAAGACACAAACAACAUGGGUAUGAUGAUGUAUCUGUGCCUUUCCUUCCGUGCCCUCAGGAGAGGCAGCGUGGUGAAGCGGAAGGGAGUGCUGCCCGUGGGGCAACGAUCCGCGCCAAAUACGUCUGCACACUGCUGGGCGGCCAUGACGCACUCACAGGGUACAUCCAGACACACAGACAGACCAAGCGACACCUGCGCAUCGCUGUCACCUCACUCGCCUGUUUCCGUCUGUCUGUCUGUUGUCGUGUCAAUCGCUUUAGGUUUGGCGCCAUCGCACUCGACAACCACUGCCGACACCCCACAGACACAGACCAACGAGCCUUCCCACGUAGGCCUUGUAGUCGAUGCCGUCACAAACAAGACACACGAGUGGGGCGAAUGGAUGUGUCCAUUGCCUUCGUUCGUGCGGCAGAGGGGACGUGCGGCGGCCGACAGGAUCUCAGCCUCCCGUCCUGACUGGCGUCACGAGCGAGUGACUGACUGAAGGAUGGCCGGAUGGAUGGAUGAAUGGAUGGGUGGGUGGAUGCACCCUGACAGACAGACAGAUGAUAUCAUGUGUGUGGUGUGUGGUGUCUGUCUGUCUGUCUGUCUGUCAUGGUGUUUGCUGAGCGUUUCCUUAAUUGCAUCCUGCAAUGCCAUGAGUGUGACUGACUUGGCUGCCAUGGAAUGAGUUGAGUUCAUUGCAAAGGCACCUGUGAGACACACUGACAUUGAGA